AUGGGGCCCCCCCCCAACUUCCAGGGCUACCUCAAAGGGGCCCUCAGCCGCGCCUCUUUGCUGCUUCAGUCGGCCCUGGGGGCCCCCCCCGGAUCUCGCUCAGGAAGGGCCCCCAGCAGAGGCCCCCUGCCUCCCAGGGGGGCCCCGAUGGGGCCCCCCAGGGGGGCCCCCGGAGGGGCCCCCGGGGGGGCCCCCCGGGGGGCCCCCCCUUCGCUGACAGCAGCAGCAGCUUCUCUCCGUGAGCGCCUCGCAGCAGCAAAUGAACAAGUGGGGUCUUGGGCGCUGCGAGAGGCCCCCCCGGCCUUUCGUUUAAAGGGUACUAAGUAUGCUUCUUACCCCGGGGGGCCACCCCGGGGGGGCCCCCGGGGGGGCCCCCUGGAGCAGCAAAAGAAAGCCAAUCUGCUGUCUCUGGGCCUCGUGCUCGGCUCUGCAUGCAUUUUGAUAUUUACCCCUUUGUACCUCAACAGUCUUUAUGGACAAAGGCCCAGCAAGCAGCACUGA